UAGAAUGCCUCCUUUAUUUCCAAACAGUCGUAUAAUUCAGACCCUACAUAUGGCAUAAAGGUAUCCGCUAUACUAGAGACUUACAUUCCUUUACACAUUCAGUAUAUUCACAUUCGACAGCUAGAGAAAAACAUGAAAAAAUCUGAACUGAACCUCAGUCAAUCGUUUAUGCCUCUCUCAUUGGCUCCCAUUAAGAAACCAUGUGUAUAAGAAAGGGCCGCCGCCCACCUCUGCGCUGGAAGCUUUGUCAAUCACUCCACACUUCUGCACCAGAGCUUUGCCCAAAAUCAAGCAAUCGGGAAAAGCAAAGAAAGUCAGCUUCACCAUGCAGUCCUCAUCCAGUUACAGAUCACAGUACCAAACCCCCGGCAUCAGCAGUCAGUAUGCACAGCAGCCACCUAUGCACCAAGCUCCCUAUACUCAACAGCCUGUUCACAUUCAGUCAAUUCCACCCAGUCAUCAGGCUCCACCCAUGCAGCAGAGCUCCAUCCACAUCCCUGUAGGUCCACCUCCAGCUAAAGUGGUCAGCACCGCCACGAUUGUGCCUACAGCUUAUCCUAGUGCUCCAGUGCCCGAGUGGCAGGCGGAAAAGCCACAAAGAGGCGUCCAUUUCAGAGACGUCCCUGUUCAGGCCCCCGCUCCUGCUCCAGCCCCUCCUUCUGCCCCUGUUCAUGGUUAUGUUCCCACCCCGCCUGCUCCCGCCCCUGGGUUCACCCAGUCUUCCAGUAGACCCCCAUGGGUAAUGGAUGACACUUUUGCUCAGAAGUUUGACCCUGGCAAGACCACUACAACCAGCGUCAAAGUGCAGCCUCUUCCCACUGCGGCCCCACCACCUCCUGCUUACAUCCCCAACCAUUCUCCUGCCCCUGCUGCCCCCAGCCCUGCCUCGGGCCAAGGCCCUGCCCCCUUUAUCCCUGCCCCUUUUUCACCUGUGGCUCGUGGGGUGGCACAGAGAGCAGAGCGAUUUGCUGCGAGCAAUAGGACACCGAUGUGUGGAUCCUGCAACAACAUUAUCAGGGGGCCUUUCCUGGUGGCGCUGGGCCGCUCGUGGCACCCGGAGGAGUUUAACUGCCAUUACUGCCAUACAUCUCUAGCUGAUGUCAGCUUUGUGGAGGAACAGAAUAAUGUUUACUGUGAGAACUGUUACAGAGAGUUCUUUGCCCCUACCUGUGCCCGCUGCAACUCUAAAAUCAUGGGAGAAGUGAUGCAUGCUCUGCGGCAGACCUGGCACACCACCUGCUUUGUGUGUGCUGCGUGUGGGAAACCGUUUGGAAACAGCCUGUUUCAUAUGGAGGAUGGAGAACCUUACUGUGAGAAAGAUUACGUUGCGCUCUUCAGCACUAAGUGCCAUGGCUGUGAUUUCCCAGUGGAGGCUGGGGACAAGUUUAUUGAAGCUCUUGGCUACACAUGGCAUGAUACCUGCUUUGUGUGUACGGUUUGCCAUGUCAACCUAGAGGGCCAGCCGUUCUAUUCCAAGAAGGACAAACCUUUAUGCAAGAAGCACGCUCAUGCCAUCAACGUGUAGAUCCAGCAGGAGUACAGUGAUUGUGCUGGUCCCUGCAUUUGCCUUAAGAUUGGUUUGAGCUCUUUUAGAGAAGAAUUCAAAAUCUUAUGACAAAAAAAAACAGCCUAGAUAUAUAUUUAAUACUAAUAUAAAAAGAUAAGUUGAUACAAUGUUAUUUUUUGAUUUAAUACAGAAAGGGUGAAUUUAGUUUUGUGUCAUUUCGGGCUUAGAUAGAUCAAGUUGUUUAAUGCAAUUUCCUAUAGAGUGAACAUAAAGAGCUCUAAGUGUACACCGUGAGAAGGAAAAUUAGUUGAACUUGAAUUGAUUGUACCAUCAUGCAUGUUGCAUUUGCAAUGUGCUUAUUUUACUUAGAUGUUGAUUGGGUUUUUUGUUUUAUUGUUAAGCUUUUUAUCUUACUAGAAUUUAAUAUUUUACUUUCAUUGUGUUGGGAUUGUGGAUUGUGUAGAUUUUUCAUUGGUUAAUUAUUGCAACGCACACCUAGAGAGAGGCAAGUUAGUAUUUUUUAUUUUAGUUAGGAACACUUGGUAUGAGGUGUAAUAAUGCGUUGUAACUUAAAUCAAGUGGUUAGGUGUGAAAUAUGUAUUUGAAGCAAAGUGUUCGUGAUUUGUUUAUACUCAGAUCUUGUCAUUAUCGAUGUCGAGAUUACAUCUGGUAAUGCCUGUAAUGUUCCCGUGUACCUGUGCCUUAAACCCCUAAACGAGAACCUUAAUAAUAUUUUUGUUUAAUGAUUUUCACAAGAGGUUUUAUUUAUAUACAUCAAAUUUUAUGAAAACUAAGAGAUAAUGUUCUAACACUGGUACCAUGAGGUGACUUGGCAGAGAGUCGACUGGUGUGCUGUUGUUUUAUUGCUGAGUUCAUUUGAUACCUAAUUUAUUUAUGUUUUGUGUAUGUGUGACCAGCAAUGCAUGGAUUGUUUAAAUCUGUCUAUAUACCGUUCCAGGUCCGCUGUUAUGAAAUAAUUUUACAUCUGGCCUGUUGAUCUAUAUAUCCAAAUGUCUGUCUUUUGAUUUUUUAAGCGAAAAAACAGAACGAGCAUUUGCAUGUUCUCCUCAUUUUUAUGUGGGUCUUCUCAGGAAAAAAAAAAAAGAACAUGUUGGUAGGUGGGUCGACUAUCCUAAAUUGCCCUGUGUGAUGGGUAUGGUUGCCCUGAGAUGGACUGGAGUCUUAUUCAGGGUGUAUUCCACGCUCACACCUAGUGUUUCUGGGAUAGACACCGAAUACACCGUUAUCGUCACCAGGACAGUAUUUCUAUCAGUAUAUCUCUAAAGAUAAACGAAUGAAUGGAUAAACACAAAGAAUAGGAAAAAUAAAAAAUAAA